AUGGCUUCUGGUGGUAGCGCAAGCGGAACGACGAGCAAGAACGAUGACUCGAAAUGGUACUUUACGGCUGAACAGCUCGCGAAUUCGCCGAGCCGUAAGUACGGCAUGGAUGCAGACCAGGAGCUUAUGUAUCGACAGCGGGCAGCCAACCUGAUACAGGACAUGGGUCAGCGAUUGCAAGUGUCCCAACUAUGCAUCAACACGGCAAUUGUUUACAUGCACCGAUUCUAUGCAUUUCAUUCGUUCACACAGUUCCAUCGAAAUAGCAUAGCUGCUGCCGCUUUAUUUCUUGCGGCAAAGGUCGAAGAGCAACCACGUAAGCUAGAACACAUCAUCAAAGUCGUGCACAUAUGUCUAGGAUUGGAUGCACCGGAUCCAAUGCGGGAGAAUUACGCCGAGCAGGCUCAGGAUUUGGUAUUCAACGAGAACGUGUUAUUGCAAACUUUGGGAUUUGAUGUAGCCAUCGAUCAUCCUCACACGCACGUAGUGAAAACAUGUCAUCUGGUGAAAGCUUCUAAAGAUUUGGCACAGACUUCUUACUUUAUGGCAUCUAAUAGUUUACAUCUUACAACCAUGUGCCUCCAGUACAAACCGACAGUCGUAGCUUGUUUUUGCAUUCAUCUCGCCUGUAAAUGGUCACGAUGGGAGAUUCCCCAGUCGAACGAAGGUCGGCACUGGUUUCACUACGUGGAUAAAACGGUAACGCUUGAUCUGUUGAAACAAUUAACCGACGAGUUUCUGCAUAUCUUUGACCGGUGCCCGACACGACUGAAGAGCAAAAUGAAAUCAAUACGAGCAGACGCGGGACCAGAGGAUUCCGGAAGACGCACGGGUGGAAGCAGUAAUAGUAGCAGCAGCAUCAUGGCAGCUCCGUCGUCAUCUGCAGCUUCUCGCGGCACUGAUGAAGGCAGCUCUGGUUCAUCGUCGGCUUCUAGUCAUCAUCGUACCAAGCAAAGUUCUGGCCCUGAAAUGAUAAAAUCCCACAGUAUGUCAUCAUCUGGAGCCCAUCAGAAGAUAUCUUCCUCAUCGAGUUCAGGGUCGCGCUCACGUUCGGAUCGACCCUCGGCCGGUCAGUCUCAAUCUUCUACGGGUGGUUUGUUAGGCCAACAGCAACAACAGCCACCACAGCACUAUGGAAGCAGUAGUAGCAGCGGCAACAGUAACAACAAUAGCAAAGGGCCAUCAUCGAUAUCGUCCCACCGGAGCAACAUGCAGCAGCCUCCGUCGAUGUCACAAAGCUCUUCCAAUUCAUCAUCCUCUCAGCGAACGAGCUCUGGGUACCAGGGACACGAUGGCAGCAAAUCUCGCCAACCAUCAUCAUCUUCUAAUAUGCUAUCUUCUGGAGGAGCACCACCUGGUAUCGGUGGAAACUCAUCAUCCUCUUCGUCCAUGCAUUCCGGUUACAAUCAAAUGAAAGCAGAUCGCCACGUGGGAGGGCAAAAAAUACCCGUAAAAUCACAAUCCACUUCCUCAUCCGUGUCGUCCGGUUCCGUUGCUCCGAUGUACAGCGUGAAACAUCAGCAACAACAGCAACAACAAGCAUCCCAACAGCCUUCGUCUCUCUUUUCUCAUCCGCCAAGCUACAACCAAUCGAUAAGCGGACGUUCAACGAAUGUCUCUUUGCCAGACCAACAAUCGGGCUCGAGUGCCUCGCUAAGCAAUGCGCAGAUAAAAACGGAACCAUCCUCUUUUCGAUUACUGGACGAAUCAAUCGGGCGGUUGGCAGAUCCGAUUCAGAUAUGUACGCCACCGAAGCAAAGUAAACCAUCUUCGAUUUUUAGUCCUGACUGGAAAGAUUCGCAAAACGAGUCUCUACAGAGUGUGUCGUCGAGCAAAUCGCGAUCUAGUGGCCAUUACGGAAAUGUUAUGGCUGGGAGCACGGGUAGCAGUGCGACUCAGGGCGAUCGGUUGCUGAAACCACCGAAGGGAAGUCCCAGUGGCAAAAAGCAACACUUACAGCAGCAGCAGCAUCAUGGCUCCACGAACAUCUCAGGAUCGCAAGGAGGUUCACGCUCAGACAUGCAGAAGAAGGAUCGCCGUAUGGUAGAAGGCUCUGCAAGUAUCGCUGGACAGCUACAGCAACAGCCGUCGGGCAAGCAUCAAUCGGUGGUAAGCGAUAAAAAAUCUCUAAUACCACCUGGUUCAUCUGUCGCAAUGCCUGUGUCCGGUAACACUACCGGCAACAGUUGCACCGGUAACAAUAGCAGCAAUAACAAUAGUCAUAAUAGCCAUGGUUUGAAGAGGGCGUUGGAUGGAACGCUUGUACCUCCGAACAUGCUGACUGCCAAUGACGCUCUGACAACGGGUGGCUUGUCGGGUAACGGAACAACAACAAUGGGAGGCAUGAACAACACGCAUUCCAACAACCUCGGCGGUAAUACCAUGCCCACGCAGGGGAAGCGGCCGCAUUCGAGCAAUGAGCAAAUACGUCAAGAUGAUGGUACAGAUUUCCGAGAACAAAAAGUACGUCGAACAGAACAGGCCAGCUCAUCGUUCCUGACGGGUGGUUCGCCUUCUGAUACGCUGUUUAAUUCGUCAUUCGAUCUGGCUUGCACUUUUGACAAGAUGGACGAUUCGUCUUCAUUGUUCAAUUUCAACGAUCCUGGAUCGUUGCUUUCACAGCCGCUAUUGAGCGAUUCGAAACCAUCGACGCUUGCCAAAAGUAGUGGUAUGUUCAACAAUACCAUCAAUGGUAUCGAGACAAAUGCGGCGCUUGUUAGCAGCCUGCUUAAAGAAAGCCUAUUUAAUGAAACGCCGAAGUUCAGUUCGCUUUAUGGCGGAACUGGCAUGAAUGAGGUGCCAUCUAGUGGGUCAAGAACGGAUGCAGCAGAUACGAAACCGAUGGAUACGCUCAUGCCCGUACCACCCGCGGUCGAUACGAAACCUCCCUUAGAUAGCCUACUGGCUCAACCACUACCCCCACAAGUCGGCUCACAAGCAGUUGGUUCCGCCGGAGCACCGAGUGAAUUUCCUCAAACGAGUAGCGCAGCCCCACCUUCUUAUCCAUGGUCGACUGCAAAUGCGCCAGUAACGAGCAUUUCCUCCGCUAGUAUGCCCGUUGCUACUGUGGCCGCUCAGCCAAACCCCGGUGCCGUAACAGAACCUAUACCUUUAACAUUGGCAACGGGUGUCUCAAUUGCUUCUGAUCCUGAUACAGACCAGGGCACAGGAGGGCAUCGAUCAAAAUCGGAGAAGAAAAAGAAGAAAGAAAAACACAAGCACAAGGAAAAGGACAAGACGAAAGAUCGUGAUCGGGAGGAAAAGAAGAAGCACAAAAAAGACAAGGAAAAGCAUCGAGAUCGAGAGCAUCGUGAAAAAGUGGACCACCAUUUGGUCGGAUCUUCAGGAUCAGAUGCCACAGUUGUAGGUUCCGGGGGUCAUCAACAUGGUUCGGACACACAACCCGGACCACCACCGGGACCGAUAAAGAUCAAGCUUAAUAGGUCGAUUAUUCCGCCCGUGGUGGAGAGUGUGGUUGGCACAGGAUCACAUGGGAUGGCAGGUACGGGGUCGGUCGGAGGUGGAUCCAGUGCUGUAAACGACGGGUUGAAGAUAAAAAUUCCAAAAGAUAGACUGUCCGGGUCCUCCUCGCUGCCCGGUGGACCAAGUGGUGCGGCUUCAGGUGCAAUCGGUGGCUCGCAUAGCGGAUCUUCCUAUCCUGCAUCCGUCUUGACCGGUGUUUCCUCGGGCAGUUCGGGAGGAUCGGCUUCACUGAAAUUGAAAAUUUCAAAGGACAAAACUGAGCAUUACAACAUCAGUGCUACUAGCGAUCCUAUUGGAAGCGGGCACCAUCUAGCGGGCCCUGCCGGAAUCACUGGUGUUACAGCGGCUGCCUCGCUGAGCGUGGGUGGUGUUCCGAUAACGGGAAUUGGAACUACCGGCAAUAGCGGUAGUAGUGGUAGCAAAAAGAAAGAAAAAGAUCGUGAUAAGGAUCGAGAGAAGAACAAAUCGAAGCCGUCCAGCUCAUCCACGGACCAUGGCAAUCGUACGAACGGAAGCGGUACGACGACUACCGGAAACAGUAGUAGCAAAUCCUCUAAUAAGGCGCUAUCUAAUCUCUUGCAACAGCAGCAGCAGCAAUCACAGGCGCAACAACAGCAAUACGGAUUGUUCAUGCCAGGGAUUCAUGAGUAUCAUCAUCAAGCAGGAUUCGAUUAUCUUCAGCAGCAACAAACCUCCCUUCAGCAGCAACAACCACAGCAGUACUAUUCCCAAUUCGGUCAGUAUGGACAACAGCAAGCGCAACAGCAACAAUUUCAACAGCAAAUGCCUGCCACUGGACCCGGGACAAUGUUGAUGAACACAUCAGUAAGUGGGUUAGGGGCUAGCAUGAUUGGCAAACUUCCGGGGCAGCCCGGAACAGGCAUGCAGUCAUCGUCGUUACCACCUUACUAUUAUAGCGGCGGUCCUGGGGCGACAACCGGCCCGAAUCAAGGCGGCAAUAACGUUGGGAAAAAAUAA